AUGGCCACACGGUCGGUGCCAGAUCUAGAAGUCCAAGAACUAGACCCAGAAGGUCACGCAAUAGUUACAUUCAGAUAUGAUCGUGGAACUCAGAAGCUUCAGGCCCAUCAUCCCCUGACAUCCAUGUCGCCCAGGACCUCUUUGCUGAUGAGGUGCAUGGGCCCUUUCCUGCCAGCGGGAUACCCUUCGAGCGUCCGACCGGAUUAUACUCCGUACCAGAUCUACGAUUCCGUGCAGGCCUUCGCCUCUACCAUUGCGGGGUUGCUAGCUUCACGUGCCGUCUUCGUGGGAAUGGGUGUGGGAUCCAAGGAUGUCUCGCUUGUGACCACCAUGUUAUUGUACAUUGCACAAGAAACCAUCGGGCGGGUCGCCACCAUAUUGUUCGCACACAAGUUUUCGCAGAGGAUCGAAGCAGAAGUCAAGUUCUAUCGCUUUUUCGCCGACAUAGUCAACGAUAUAGCGUUCGUUCUUGACUGCUUGAGCCCAGGUCUGCCGCUGCUAGAGCGGAUCUGCGCUUUAUGUGUCAGCAAUGCCUGCAGAGCAGUCUGUGGGGUUUCAGGCGGGAGCAGCAAGGCUAUUUUAAGCGCUCACUUUGCAAAGGAAGGCAAUAUCGGAGAGCUCAAUGCCAAAGACGGCAGCCAGGAGACUGUCGUCAGCUUGGUCGGUAUGUGGGCUGGCGGUCUGCUGGUCAGCAAAGUGCAGGGCACUUUCGAGACUUGGAGCUGCUUGAUUCCCUUGCUAGCAAUGCACUUGUGGGCAAAUUGGAAAGCUGUACAGAGCGUACGUCUGACUUCGCUCAACAAGGACAGAGCCACUAUACUAUUCAGCGCUCUUCUUCGAGGUAGGGCCAAAGGUCUGAAUGAGGUAGGUGAUGAGGAAUCGAUCUUGGGGCUGAGAAGGAUGCUCCCUCCCUUCAAUGAUCAGAACGCUUUCCAAGUCGGUGUUAGCGUGAACAGGUUCCUGCACCACUUACCGGGCGAUAUCGGCAAUGACUCUCACAGGUACAACCUUUUGGCUCAGCUGCUGGAGGUGUUUCGAGAGGAAGAUUAUCUGCUCUGGCGUGACGUGCAAUCAAACCAAGCAUUCGUGCUGCUGAAAGAGUCGGCCAAGGGCGAAACGCAAGCAAAGGCCAUCUGCCAUCUGCUUCGAGUCUCAAUGAGGGUUGAACCCAACAUGAAACUUGCAAACGUAUCGCAGCAGCAUGUCCUUGACCAGAGACACCAAGAGGGUCUCAAAAGCAAGCUGGGUCUUGAUCUAAACAUACUAUCUGCCAGUCCCGAUGAGAAGGUCGACAUCCAGUCCUUGCGUUCGUACGAUGGGCUUGACCCAAACCUUCAGUUAAUCAUUGACACACUCCAAGAAAACCGACGAGAAUGGCCGAAGAUGCAGGACCAAGUCAAGCGCAUCGGCUGGGAUCUCGGUCUCACAAAUCUCAUUAGAGGACCUUGUCACCGUGUCCGAGUGAAUGAGGCUCCAUUUGAGGUCAAAAAAGACAAAUGA